UUUUCAUGAAUUAAUGUCGGUCGAUUCGGAUUUGGAUCACAGUUCUUGUUUAUGGCAGAGACCAGAGCCGUUUCUCUAUUUGUAUUCUCUCUUUCCUUCAGGGUUUGAAUCUAAUAUCAAGCCGUGAAUGAAGAUCAUUAUCAAAGAGACGACAUGGCCACGAGCUUGUACGAAGAAGCCAUUGCAGGACUCAACCAGCUACUCAGGGAGAAAUCAGGGCUCGGCGACAUCGCCGCCGGGAAAAUCAAGAAGUUGACGGCAGAACUGGAGGAACAGGGUUCGUCAAAGUCAGACGCGGUUGAGCGAAUCCACUCCGGCUUUAUCCAUUUCAAGACUCAGAAAUUUCUGAAGAAUCGUGAUUUGUACGAUCCACUCGCCAAGGGUCAGAGCCCCAAGUUUCUGGUGUUCGCGUGUUCGGAUUCAAGAGUGUGUCCGUCUCACAUACUGGAUUUCCAACCAGGGGAAGCCUUUGUCGUCAGAAACAUUGCUAACAUGGUUCCUCCUUUUGACCAGAAAAGACACUCGGGAGUGGGUGCUGCCAUCGAAUACGCUGUUGUAAACCUUAAGGUGGAGAACAUUCUGGUGAUAGGUCACAGCUGCUGUGGCGGUAUAAAGGGUCUCAUGUCCAUAGAAGAUGAUGCUGCCCCCGCAAAUACGGACUUCAUAGAGAACUGGGUGAAGAUAUGUGCACCCGCCAAGAACAUGAUCAAGCAAGAACUGAAAGACAAGAGCUUGGACUUUCAAUGCACCGAGUGCGAGAAGGAAGCGGUGAAUGUGUCGCUUGGGAAUCUUCUGUCUUAUCCGUUUGUGAGAGAAGCGGUGGUGAAGAAGAGUCUCGCCAUUAGAGGAGCUCACUACGACUUCGUCCACGGAAAUUUCGAGCUAUGGGAACUCGACUUCAAGACAUCCCCUCCCGUUGUCUUGUCCUGAUCUCUUUUCAUGUUUCUCUUCUUCUUCUUCUUCUUCUUCUUCUAUGUCUUGAAUGCUUUUGUUUACAAAAGCCGUAAAUAACUUGUGAUCGUCUCUGUUUUUUGGAUAUUUCUCAUCAUCCUUUUGUCCGUCUGAUUGACGGAAAACUCGUUA